UUCGUUUUUCAAUCUCUUGUGUAUGCGUAGUUCUCUGUUCGUUAUUUGUAAAUCCGAUGUGGAAAAAAUAACUUGGCGAAAAAAGCAAAAACCUAGUUGAAAAUCUUUUAGAAAAAUCAUCAAAAUUAACAUCAGUGAAGUAAACAACGAACUCUUUAACAAUUUUUAAUAGUGAUAAAAGCCUUUACGAGUCGAAAACUACGCCGUAUCGCUUGAUUUAUUUUCAAGUCGUACUUUGUUUUCAAUUUCAAUCGUGCAUGCAUUUAAUUUUACAUUUUGAAUCGAGGAUAUGUUGUCUAAUUAGGAAAAGGAAAAAUACAUCAAAGAGACCAUUUUUAUUUUGCUUUCCAAUAAGAAAAUUUAUCGAAUAAUUUCUUCGUCCUCGGCCCCGUUUCGUUUUAUCAUGAUGUGAAAAUACUUUCAGUGAAAACUAUCCAUUAUUACAGUUGAAAAUUCAACUACGAAAAUAGCUAUAUCAAAGACAAGGAUAGCUAUACCCAUCGAAUGCAAUUUAGUGUGUUUAAACAAUUAAGUGAGUGUAAAAGAGAAAACCAGAGCAAUUUGUGUCAUUUUUGUUUUUGACAUUUCGUUUUCAUUAUUGUCUGUCUCGUUUCGCCUUAAUAGAAAAAAAGCGAGAGCAAAACGAUCAUCCAAAUUUCGCUGAGGGAAAUUAUAAGACAAGACCAUCCCCCACCACACAACUCGUUAAGUUUUUGAAGUGAAGAAAAACGAAAUUGUUUUGUUUUAUUUUUCUCCUUCGAAUUCGAACAAAUUGAAAUUUUGCCUUGUUGGUGCGUGAAUGUGAAAAACUGAAAAUGAUGAAAAGUAUCAGAAGCCAUUAAUUUUGAUAAAUUUUUAAUGCUGCAUUAAUUCUAAUUGAAGUGAUCAAAAAUUAAGAGAAGAAAUAAUCGAAAGCAAUUGGAAAAGAAGUCGAAAGAGCCCAAGGCUGUUGAUUUAGUUGGAAUUGUAUCAAGUCAAGUGCAUUACACCAAAAACAAGAAGAACGAACAGUGCCAGGCAUUAGCAACAGAAAAAUAGAAAAACAGAAAAAUAACCAAAGCAAUAUUAAUUGUUCGAGCACCAAUUAGGACGUCGGCAGCGGUGACACUGUGAAUAAUUUAGUUUGAAAUAGCUAGUCGACUGUGAGUUGUGAGUGCUAAGUGCUGAAACUGAGAGGGAGCCCUUGAAACAAGUAAAGACAAUCAAAAAACGAGUGACCCAGCAGCAGUAGUAGCAGCAGAAGCAGUCAUGGAUUCGGACGAUGAUGUUUUCGAUAAUGAUAAUGUCGACUCUGGCAAUGUCUCGAGCGGUGAUGAUGAAGAUGACGACUUUGCCAUGGAAGUAGACGUUCCCAAUUCGAAGGAACGUCAACAGGAGCCCGAGGAGUACCAGUACGAGGUGCUGACCACAGACCAGAUAGUCCAACACAUGAUCGAUUGCAUCAAUGACGUGAACGUUGUUGUUAAUUUGCCAAGGACCAUAACCAGAAUUUUAUUAAAUCACUACAAAUGGGAUAAGGAGCGACUUAUGGAGCGAUAUUUCGAUGGCAAUCAAGAAGAUUUCUUCAGAGAAGCGCAUGUUAUAAACCCGUUUAUUAAAUCGAAUUUAGUAAACAAACCAAAGCAACAGAUAUCGUCCUCUGUAGCUGAAGAAUGUGAAAUAUGUUUUACUUUGCUGCCACCGACGACAAUGACAGGCUUGGAGUGUGGCCAUCGUUUUUGCAAGACUUGCUGGGGCGAGUAUCUCACAACGAAAAUCGUGACCGAAGGAAAUGGUCAAUCGAUUGCUUGUGCAGCCCAUGGCUGUGAUAUAUUGGUCGACGAUGUUACUGUUACCAAAUUAGUAACCGAUCGCAGGGUGAAAGUCAAAUAUCAACAACUCAUAACAAAUAAUUUUGUGCUGUGCAAUCGGCUUUUGCGCUGGUGUCCGUCCGUGAAUUGCACCUAUGCGAUUAAAGUGACAUACGUGGAUGCACGUCCGGUGCGCUGCAAGUGUGGUCACUCGUUUUGCUUUGAUUGUGGCGAGAACUGGCACGAUCCGGUGCAAUGUAGGCUUUUGAGGAAAUGGAUUAAGAAGUGUGAUGACGACUCAGAAACAUCUAACUGGAUAGCAGCCAAUACCAAGGAGUGCCCCAAGUGUAAUGUGACGAUCGAAAAGGAUGGUGGCUGCAACCAUAUGGUUUGUAAAAAUCAGAACUGCAAGCAUGAGUUCUGUUGGGUGUGCUUGGGCUCGUGGGAACCACACGGCUCUUCAUGGUAUAAUUGCAAUCGCUUCGACGAAGACGAGGCUAAAGCAGCACGAGAUGCUCAGGAAAAAUUGAGAUCUUCAUUAGCGAGGUAUCUUCAUUAUUACAAUCGCUAUAUUAAUCACAUGCAGUCGUUGAGGUUCGAGAAUAAAUUGUAUGCUUCUGUUAAGCACAAAAUGGAAGAAAUGCAACAACACAAUAUGUCAUGGAUCGAGGUCCAAUUUCUUAAAAAAGCUGUCGAUAUUCUUUGUCAAUGCCGUCAGACUCUCAUGUACACAUACGUUUUUGCGUAUUAUCUCAAAAAGAACAAUCAGUCCAUGAUAUUUGAAGACAACCAAAAAGAUCUGGAAAGCGCCACAGAGAAACUCUCUGAAUAUUUGGAACGUGAUAUUACAUCAGAAAAUUUGGCGGACAUCAAACAAAAAGUUCAGGAUAAAUACAGGUAUUGUGAGAAGCGUAGGAAAGUCCUAUUGGAUCAUGUUCACGAAGGUUACGAAAAAGAAUGGUGGGACUACACAGAUUGAUAAGCCUAAAAGGCCAAGCAAUAUUUUGUUAACCACACAGCACCUAAAACUUUGAGAACAGACAAACAAGCGCUUAAUAAAAACAACAAAUUUUGUUUUACAGACCCCACAGAGAAAACAAACAUCAAAGCAAAUAUUAGAAAGAGAAUAGUUUUAUAGAAACAAUAAAAGAAAAAGCAAUUCAGGUGUGAUGUGUGAGAGAAAAGAAAUAAUAAAAAAGAAAACAAUUUCAAUCGUAAUUCACUAGUUUACAAUCUCUUCUUUUUGUGUGAAGAUUGUAUUUUGAUUUUCUGUUCUUGUUGUAAUUUAGAAAGAACAAAACUUAAAAAUAUAAAAUAAAAAAAAAUAAAAGCAAAAAAAAGAAAGAAAACCAAAACAACCCCACCCGACCCCAUCAAAUGGAGGCGCGGCGCCGUGUGUAAUCCUUGUAAAUAAAAAAUUCUAGAAGAAAACAAUUUUAACAUAAAAUUAAUUGUAAGAAAUAUAAAAA